UGAAUAGACGCGUUGGUGUGAAACACAAAACACCCAGCAUACUGAGAGCGCGAGAGAUCUCCGAAGGCGCCGGUAGCGCGCGAGCAUGCCCUCUGACGUACCGGCUCCGUCUGUAUGGGAAGUGGUGAGCGUGCUGGGCAGAACGUUGUGCGCAGGCGCGGCUCUCACUGCCGCUCUCUACCUGAUCCGCAGAGUGUGUUUAAUAAUGGCCUGGAAAUCAGGAGGAGCCAGCCAAGCGGAGCUCGUCAACAACCUCCGCAAGAAUGGCAUCAUUAAGUCGGACCGCGUGUAUGAAGUCAUGCUAAGCACAGACCGAGCCCAUUUCUCCAGAUGUAACCCUUAUAUGGAUUCUCCACAGUCUAUAGGAUACCAGGCAACCAUCAGUGCACCACAUAUGCAUGCAUAUGCACUGGAGUUGUUACAUGAUCAGUUAUAUGAAGGUGCCAAAGCUCUGGAUGUGGGAUCAGGCAGCGGUAUCCUGUCAGUCUGCUUCGCCAGAAUGGUGGGGCCAAAGGGAAAAGUCAUUGGGAUUGACCACAUAAAGGAACUGGUGGACGACUCGAUCAACAACGUUAAGAAAGAUGACCCAACACUGAUCUCAUCAGGACGCAUCAAACUUCUCGUUGGAGAUGGCAGGUUGGGCUAUCCGGAGGAGGCUCCCUACGACGCGAUACAUGUAGGAGCUGCAGCUCCUUCUGUUCCACAGGCUUUACUGGACCAGCUGAAGCCUGGCGGACGUCUUAUCUUGCCUGUCGGACCAGCUGGAGGGAACCAGAUGCUGGAGCAGCAUGACAAGUUGGAGGACGGCAGCACCAAAAUGAAGCCCCUAAUGGGGGUGAUUUACGUGCCUUUAACAGACAAAGACAAGCAGUGGUCCAGGUGGAAGUGACUUCCUGUCCCUCUCUUCCCCCUCCCUCCUUUCCCCAGGGAACAGGGAUGAACUCUAAAACAACAGUCUGGCAAUAUUCACCAUCACACACACACACACACACACCCACCCACACAGACAAACACACACACACACACACCCACACAGACAAACACACACACACACACACACACACAGCAUCCAUCUGGAUUUAACAACAAACCACAAGAUGGUAAAUGGAUGAAGAAGAAAAGCCACACUCUCUGCACUCUCGCUCUCGGGACAGUCUGACUGCUGUGUGGACAUAGAGUCUUCAGGAUGGAAGAAAUGAAACGGACUGCUAAAAAAAAAAAAAAAAAAAAAAACUCAAUGAGGGGCUUUGUCUUGACAUUUUCAUGCCUGCAGUUUGCUUUGGAUUUGUGAAUUGUUUUGAUUUUUUUUUUUAUUUGCAGGUGCACCUUCUUUUGUGAGAACUACAGUAUUGCAGCUGUUUUUUUUUUUUUUGUUUGUAUUUUUUUUUUUUGUUUUUUUUUUGCAAUUGUUUACAUGCAUUUCAGGUUGUUUGGAGCUGGUGCUGUUUCUCAUUUGGACUAUAGGAUUGGGAGUGAUAUUAAAGGAUAAGUCCACACUGUUCUUUGCUCAUGUUAAAGGGGUGCUGCUAAACCAUGCUGAAUGCAUCAUUAUUAAUAUUAUUAAUAUAUAUAUAUAUUUUUUUUUUAUCUUAAGACAUCUUAAGUUCAAAUUCUGGAAUUUUGGCUGGGAUUUUUUUUUUUUUUUUCAAUCCAAGGCUGAGAUGAGAUGAGAUUGAAGACUUUUCAGGACCCCUUUCAAGAUUAAAACGCUUUCCUUUUUUGCUAAUUAGCUACAGAAAAAUCAGACAAUUAUUUAAAAAAAAACACUAAUAUAAUAAAUAAAAAUAUAAAGAUUGACCAGUCACAUUAUUAUGCUUCCAUAUGCAAUAUAAAAGCAGUACACUGAAACGUAGUCCACUUUCUUUGUGCAUUUUGAGAUGACUUUCUUAGGAACAGUUGUACAGUUCCUGAGCCUCCAUUCAGAUUCCACAGCUGCAGUACAGUUUAGCGUAGAUUUGCUCAGGCUGGUGUGCUACCAAUUAACACUUUGCUGAUUAACAAGAGCUUGUCGCUAACGCCACUCCAGAGCGAUUGCUUACAUUUGCGCUGUCUAACAUUCUCCAAAGGUUCAUGCAAAGUGCAACAAGCACACACGUGAACUCUCUCUAUGGCGCUCUCUCUCUCUCUCUUUCUCUCUGUCUCACUCACACACACACAGCACUGAGCUUGUGUCCCUUUCACUGUGGACAUGCUGGCUGUCACCAUGCUGAUUGUGACACACGUGGCUUUGUACAAAUAAAAACCCAACACAGUGCAAAUCA